AUGACUAAGUUGUGUAAACACCUUGAGUUUUCCAAUUCUGUUAUUGUUGAAGCUAAUGGUCUGGUAGGUGGUCUGACCUUCAUGUGGAAAAAAGAAAUCAACUUUGAGCUAGAGUGGAGCUCGGAGCAAAUUAUAAAUGGAAUAAUCAAAGAGGAGGAUGGAAAAGAAGGGUGGCGGUUGAUUGCUUAUCACGGCACCCCAUAUCGUAAAGAGAAAGAAGCUUUUUGGAACCAUCUAGAAAACACUAUACUUGAAUGCGAAAUGCCUUGGGUUGUCAUUGGAGAUUUAAAUGACAUUUUUGAAGAAUUAGAAAAAUUCGAAGGCAGAAAGAAGGUAGGAGCCGUUGAUCUUAGCUUCUCAGGGAAGAGAUUUACAUGGGAAAACAAGCAGGAAGGUAGAGCCUAUAUCAAGGAGCGUUUAGACAGAGAUCUGGCCAGUCAAGAUUGGAUUUCUUUAUUCAGUGAUGCCACAAUUCACCAUCUGCCUAUGGAACAAUCAGACCAUGCCCCUAUUCUUCUCUGCACUCAUGAGGAAGAACUGAGUUAUGGAUGCCCUUUUAGAUUCCUUAAAGCCUGGAUGAAUGAUAAUUCUUACUUCGAGACAGAAAAGAUAAAGGCAUUUGAAAAAGAGUUGGAAGAAAGUCAGUUUGGGAAUCUAGAAGACAGAAUGAAGCAUGCUAGAAUUGAAAAGGAGUUAGGGGAACAGCGGGCUCGGCUUGAAUGUAUUUGGUGA